UAUCUUCAAUUCUUGCUAUAAAUUCCCAACUUCUGGAUUUGUUCUAAUAUCCACAACAUAUUUGUUCUUUUUCAUACUUUAUAUAGAGCACAGAGUUUUCUUGGAGUUUUUUGUUUCUUACUGAAAAGGAUACCUUGGAGAAAUUAAAGGCACAUUGACGUGCGGACAAUUUUAGAUAGGAAGGCAAAACUGUUGUUGUUGCCAGGGGAGAAGUAAAGAUGGAAAAGGAAAAGAAGAUAGACAUGGAAGAAAAGCAUGAAAAGGAAUUGAAGGAGAAAGAGAAAAAGGAUAAAGUAAAAAAUACGGGGAGCGAAGAGGAGUCGGAGGAAACAGAGGACGAGAAAGAUGGUGCAACAAAAAAUGUAAAAGAAAAGAAAUACAAGAAGGAAAAGAAAGAGAAAAAGGAUAAAGAAAAGAAAGACAAGAGUAAAGAGGAGGAGUCGGAGGAAGAAACCGAGGAAGAGAAGGAUGAUGGAAAAGGGAAGAAGGAUAAAAAGAAGAAACAUAAGACAGAUAUGAAAGAGAAAAAGGAUAAAGAGAUGAAAGACAAGAGCAAACAUGAGUCAGAAAAAGAAGACAGCAAAGAAAUAGAGGAAGAGAAGGAUGACGGAGAAGGGGAGAAGAAAGAUAAAGAGAAGAAACUCAAGAAGGGAAAGAAAGACAGAAAGGAAAAAGAGAAGAAAGACAAGAGCAUAGAGGAGUCGAAGGAAGAAAAGGAUGAUGAUAAAGGGGAGAAGAAGGAUAAAGAGCAGAAAGACAAGAAGGAGAAAAAGAACAAGGAAGAGAAAGGCAAGAGCAAAGGGGAAUCAGAAGAAGAAACCGAGGAAGAGAAGGAUGAUGAAAAAGGGAAAAACAAGGAAUCGGAUGAAGAAGACGAGAGACAGACAGAGGAAGAGGAGAAUGAUGAAAAAGGGGUGAAGAAGGAUAAGGAGAAGAAAAACAAGGAAAAGAAAGAGAAAAAGGACAACGAAAAGAAAGAUAAGAGCAAAGAGGAAACGGAGGAAGAGAAGGAUGAUGAAAAAGGAGAGAAGAAGGAUAAAGAGAAGAAAUGCAAGAAGAAUAAGAAAGAGAAAAAGGAUAAAGAAACGAAAGACAAGAGCAAAGAGGUGUCGGAUGAAGAGGAAGAGAAAGAUGACGAAGAAGGGGAGAAGAAGGAUAAAAAAAAGAAACACAAUAAGGAUAAGAAAGAAACAAAGGAUAAAGAAAAGAAAUACAAGAGCAAAGAGGAGUCAGAAGAAGAAGAUAAGAAAGAAACGGAGGAAGAGAAGGAUGAUGAUGAAGAGGGUCAGAAGAAGGAAAAAGAGAAGAAAAACAAGAAGGAUAAAAAAGAGAAAAAGGAUAAAGAAAAGAAAGUCAAGAGCAAAGAGGAGUCAGAUGAAGAAGACAAGCAAGACAAGGUGAAUGAGGUUGAAGUCGCCACAAGAGAGAUAAAAAUUGAGGAUGACAAGAAAAUAUCGGACGGUGAAGCAGACGAGAAAGGUAAAAGGAAGGAGAAAGGAAAAGACAGUAAAGAUGAGAAACAAAAGGAUGCAAAAAAGGACAAAGCUGAGAAGACGAGAAAACUUGAGGACAAGUAUAAAAGCAACGGUAAGUUGAAAUCCAAGUUGGAGAAGAUCAAUGCCAAACUGGAAGCUCUUCAGCAGAAAAAAGCGGACAUCAUGAAGACAAUAAAAGAAGCCGAGGAUAAAAACUUAGCCGUGGUUGAGAGUCCUAAAGAGGCAGACCUGAAGGCACACGAUGGAGUAAUGACUGAACAGUGAGUAGUAUAUUUUUCAUAAUAAUGUUAGAUGUUCUUAUACUGUCGUUGUGUAUACCUUUCCCUUCCACUGUCAUUUAGAAAUGUAUUAUCUUUGUCUUAAUUAAGUUAAAGUAAUAGAGAUGAUAUACUUGCAUUUAA